ACAAACCCUUACAAUUAUAUUCAAACAGUUCUCUUGUUACGUUUUACAUAAUAAUAUCUAUUAUCAAUAGUAACACUAUUUCCUCUUAUUAAAACUCCAUAAGUGUUCUAAGAGGAUGAAAGUAGUUAGUUCUCUAAUCUCCUCUCUUUUGAUUAAAUUCAUCCACAGAGACUUCCAUGAGAUUUACUCAAGGAUGUCCUUGUUCGAUCGUUUUCUACUUCUUAUUGUGCAUGCAGUGGAUAAGAUGGUUCCAUGGCAUAAGCUGCCGGUUUUCUUGGGUCUGGCCUACCUUGGACUACGAAGACAUUUGCACCAAGAAUACAAUCUCAUUAAUGUCGGUAAAACUCCGGUUGGGACCCGGUUUAAUCCUAUUGAUUAUCCGUACCGGACUGCUGACGGGAAAUUCACUGAUCCGUUUAACGAAGGCGUCGGCAGCCAAAAUAGCUUCAUCGGAAGAAAUUGUCCUCCCGUCGAUCAGAAAAUAAAGUUAUUGAAGCCAGACCCGAUGGUGGUGGCGACAAAACUAUUAACAAGAAGAAAGAUGAUCGACACAGGGAAGCAAUUCAAUAUGAUUGCAGCUUCUUGGAUUCAAUUCAUGAUCCAUGAUUGGGUUGACCAUCUUGAAGACACUGAUCAGAUCGAGCUCUCGGCUCCAAAAGAAGCAGCGAAAGGGUGUCCCUUAAGCUCCUUUAGGUUCUUCAAGACAAAGGAAGUCCCUACCGGUUUCUUCGAGAUCAAGACCGGUUCGCUAAAUACUCGUACACCUUGGUGGGAUUCGAGCGUGAUAUACGGAAGCAACUCGAAAACAUUGGAGAGGGUGAGAACUUACAAAGAUGGGAAGCUAAAGAUAUCGGAGGAGACAGGUCUCCUCCUCCACGACGACGACGGUUUAGCAAUUUCCGGCGACAUACGUAACAGUUGGGUCGGCGUCUCCGCUUUGCAAGCUCUCUUCAUCAAAGAGCACAACGCAGUAUGCGACCUCCUCAAGAAGGAGUAUGAAGAUUUGGAAGACGAAGAUUUGUACCGUCAUGCUAGACUAGUGACGUCAGCAGUGAUUGCCAAGAUUCACACUAUAGAUUGGACCGUUGAGCUUCUCAAAACCGACACUUUACUUGCUGGGAUGCGAGCCAACUGGUACGGAUUAUUAGGAAAGAAAUUUAAAGAUACUUUCGGACAUGUAGGCAGUUCCAUCUUUGGAGGUGUCGUGGGUAUGAAAAAACCGCAAAACCAUGGAGUCCCAUAUUCUCUAACCGAAGAAUUCACUAGCGUCUAUCGAAUGCACUCUCUCUUACCCGAUCAACUCCACAUGCGUGACAUUGAUGUUACACCAGGACCUAAUAAAUCACUUCCCUUGACUCAAGAGGUUUCUAUGGAAAAAUUGAUUGGUCGUGAGGGAGAAGAAACCAUGUCUCAGAUUGGAUUCACUAAGCUAAUGGUGUCAAUGGGUCACCAAGCAUGUGGGGCCCUUGAACUAAUGAAUUAUCCAGCGUGGUUUAGGGAUCUUGUCCCCCAAGACCCCAACGGCCACGAUCGUCCCGACCACAUCGACUUAGCUGCUUUAGAGAUCUAUAGGGACAGGGAGAGGAAUGUUGCACGGUACAACGAUUUUAGGAGAGCUAUGUUUAUGAUUCCGAUAAAGACUUGGGAAGAUCUAACGGACGAUAAGGAAGCAAUUGAAUUGCUAGAUGACGUCUACGGUGGUGAUGUGGACGAGCUUGAUCUUCUGGUGGGACUCAUGGCAGAGAAGAAAAUCAAAGGGUUCGCUAUUAGCGAGACCGCAUUUAACAUUUUCCUUCUCAUGGCCACAAGGAGAUUAGAAGCGGAUCGAUUUUUCACGAGCGAUUUCAACGAAAUGACAUAUACGAAAAAAGGUCUUGAAUGGGUGAAUACUACAGAGAAUCUCAAGGAUGUUUUUGAUCGCCAUUAUCCUGAAAUGACCGAUUCUUGGAUGAAUUCUGAAAGUGCUUUUUCAGUAUGGGAUUCGCCACCCGUUGCCGAAAAUCCUAUCCCUCUCUAUCUCCGUUUUCCAUCUUAAUUAGAUCAUUGUUAAUACACUUUUAAAUUACUUUUUUUUUUUGGGUAUUGUUGGUUGUGAGCAGUCACUGUAAUUAAGUCUGUAAAGCUAUAAUUAAACAUUAAUAAUAUGUAAUAUAAAUAAAUGCAUGGUAUACAUGAUGUAUAGCAUUUGUUCGAUUA